AUGAUCAAGACAAAGACAACCUAUGAUGUAUUCCAUUACACUGUACAAAAGGAUAAUAUAGAUCAAGGAUUGAGAGAUAUUGCUCGUCAUUUCGUACCUGAAUAUCAUGAUUCUUCAGACGAUCAACUAUCAAUCACAAGAUUAAAUGGUGGAAUUACCAAUAUUUUAUAUUUAGUUGAAGAUAAAUCGAUUGAACCAAAGGCAAAGGAUUUGCCAGUUGUAAUUAGACUUUAUGGAUAUAAAUCAGAGGAUAUCAUUGACAGAAAGAAUGAAUUGGUUGUACAGACCGAAGCAGAUUUGAAUGGUUUGGGUGCCAAAUUCUAUGGGCUAUUCGAUAAUGGCUGUAUUUAUGGUUUCAUUCCAGGCAGACCAUUGGAACAUCAAGAUCUAAGUGAACCGAAAUUACAAAGAUUAAUUGCAAGAGAAGUCGGAGAAUGGCAUUCAUUGGAGAUGCCAACUCGUAAGCAACCAUCGGUGUGGAGCACCAUCAAGAAGUGGGCAGCGUUGGCACCGGAAGUAUAUCCAGAUGCCAAACGUCAAGACUAUUACAAGACACUGAGAGUGCCAGAGAUGAAACAAGAGUUUAAGCAGCUGGAGGAAACACUGGCCAAGCUGAACUCACCGAUCGUCUUUUGUCACAACGAUCUACUCUCGCGUAACAUCAUUGUCGAUGGCGAAGAGAAAGCAUCGUUCAUCGAUUUCGAAUAUGCAAACUACAACUUUAGAGGCUUCGAGCUUGGCAACCACUUUAAUGAGUAUGCCGGUUUCGGUCCGGACUACUCGCUUUAUCCCACCGAGGAACAACAGAACAUCUUCAUCCAGGAGUAUCUGACUGUGCUCAACAAAGGCGAGAAGCCAUCCGACGAUCAAGUUCACCAACUCUUUGUAGAAUCCAACCAAUUUUCACUUUCCUCUCAUUUGUUCUGGGGAUUCUGGUCGAUCGUACAGGCUAUGAACUCAGAGAUCGAUUUCGACUAUCUCGAGUAUGGUAAAGCACGUUUCGAUCGCUAUUGGGCAACAAAAGAAAAGUUCUUAUCAAUAACUCCAUAA